CGUGAUCCACCGUUCACUUCUCCUCCUGUGUCGUCGGCAGGAUCUAGAGGCAGUAAGGUGCAUCUUCAGUCAAACAACUAACAGAACAGAGACAAAAUCACAGCUUCAGGAGCAUUUUAUGAUCCUGGUCCAGUUCUUCACCUCCACAGAGCUUCAUCCAGCAUGAUGAACCUGCUACCUGACGUAUGGAGACAGGACUUCUGGCUUCCUCCAGGUGUGACCUGGAAAGACAUGGAACAGCUGUCCUCGUCUGACCGGCCGCAACCCCUGGACCUGCUCAUAUCUCUGCCCCUCGCUUUGGCCUUCAUCGCCCUGCGCUAUCUGUUUGAGAGGUUUUGUGCCCCACCCAUGGGCAGAUGUUUGGGGGUAAGGAAUAGGAUACAAGUGACUGCUGCCCCCUCCCCAAAGCUGGAGUCCUAUUACACCCAGAGGAGCAGAAGGCCAUCGCAGAGUGAAGUUAUCAGUUUGAUGUCACAGUGUGGUAAAACCCAGAGGCAGAUUGAGAUGUGGUUCAGACUCCGCAGGAACCAAGACAGACCCUGUCGGACCAAGAAGUUUGGAGAAGCUGCCUGGAGGUUCUUUUUCUACAUCUCGGCCUUCAUGGCUGGAUUGACCUGCUUGAUUGAUAGACCCUGGUUUUGGGACCUCAGGGAGUGUUGGAGGCAGUAUCCAAUACAGCCUAUGGAGAGAGCUCAUUACUGGUACUACAUGCUGGAGCUGGGUUUUUAUGGCUCUCUGCUCCUCCGGAUCUCUGUGGACAUCAAGAGGAAGGACUUUAAGGAACAGGUCGUCCAUCAUUUAGCCACCAUCUUCCUGCUCAGCUUCUCCUACUGCGCCAACUACGUUCGCAUCGGCACCUUGGUCGUGCUGCUUCAUGACUCGUCCGACAUCCUGCUAGAGUCAGCCAAGAUGUUCAACUAUGGCACCGGCUGGAGGAAAACAUGUGAUGCUCUGUUUAUUGUGUUUGCUGCCAUCUUCCUUGUUACAAGACUGGUGAUUUUUCCCAGCAAAAUCAUCCACACCACACUGGUGCUGUCCAUGGAGGUCUUUGAACCCUUCUUUGGAUACUACUUUUUCAAUGUCCUGCUCAUGGUGCUGCAGGCUCUUCACGUAUUCUGGGCUGGUUUGAUCUUACGAAUGAUCUACAAGUUCCUGAAAGGCAAGCUGGAAAAAGAUGAACGCAGUGAUGAAGAGAGUGAGCUUGAGGAGGAAGGGGAUGACAAAGAAGGAGAGGAAAACAUGGAUCAAGAUGAUUUUUGUUGGGAGAGAAGUAAAGACAGCCUCAACUCCAAACUGUCGAUGCUGACCAAUAGUUGUGUGCUGAAUAAUUUAACCAACCACAGAGCAUCUGUCGCAGACAGAAUGCGUAAAGCUCAGUAACAUCUUCUUUCAGAUUCUGCUCCAGAUCUUCUCUCCUGAGGUUAAUGUAGUUUACAUAUUGAGAUGGAUGUGAUCCAUCACCCUGUGAAUUCCUGGUCUUUUAUGCUGUAAGUCACUGUUUUUCACUUUUAAUCGAGGGUCUAAUUAGACGAGUAAAAUGAUGGGAGUGUCAUAUUUAAAAGUGCUGACUUAGCAGAGGAUGGUUUCGAUCCAUCGACCUCUGGGUUAUGGGCCCAGCACGCUUCCGCUGCGCCACUCUGCUACACACCCCAGAUGGGAUUCGAACCCACAAUCCCUGGCUUAGGAGGCCAGUGCCUUAUCCAUUAGGCCACUGGGGCUGACGCUGCAGUGGUAUUGAGCAGUAGUCAGUCAGCCGUAACAGUGGCAUUUUAUGUCUUUCCUUCUACAGAUAAGAACAGUAACAUUUGUUUUUACAAAUCACUGAAUAAUGUAAGUGGUAUUGAUUGUUUGGCCACUCAUGACUGUUAUAACCCACACUGCAGUGUGUUUUACACUGCUCUUGAAAUAUGUUAACAGUAUAUGAACACAUAGAAGUAUAACUAAGUAAUAACAUUAUAUUAAAAGAUAGACAGUGAGUGUGUGAUUUCUACCACUGCACAGACAGACCCAGUCAUUUAAAUGAAUCAAGUGUUAAACACAAGAGAAUGGAAAUAAAGACAUUUUCUGUUUUGGA